GGAGGAUCGACUGCAGGUUAGAAACGGCAAAAAUUUUAUGUACAGGAAUCUCAAACACAACACAUCGGUUUUGCUCCCUCUGUCCAGAUAUUUAAGGAGUGACCAGAUAUUUCCUUUAUAACAUUCGUUGUUGAUCCUUGAAGAUAUACCUCAUCCCAGCUGGAAACAUACUUUGUGUCUGAAAUGAUAUUUUUUGUUGUAACUCAGUGAAAUCCACUGGAACCGGGUGCAGAGAACACACCAGCAUUUGUUCAUUAGAGAGAAGCUCUUCAACUGCAUUGAUUGUGCGAGGGAUUCACUACGUCUGAUCUCUGGAGUAUUGAUAUCAGUCUGGGAAGAGAUUCACUCACUCAGCUGACGCGCAUACACACCAGUGAGUUCGCAGUGGGAAGAGGCCAUUCAUCUGCUCAGGCUGUGGAACGAGAUUCACUCACUCAUUCAGAUUGCAUACACACCAGUGAGUUCACACUGGGGAGAAACCAUUCACCUGCUCAGACUGUGUGUGGGGAUUCACUCAAGUCAUCUGACCUACUGACACACCAGUCAGUUCACACUGGGGAGAUGCCGUUCACCUGUUCAGUCUGUGGGAAGGGAUUUCCUCAGUCAUUUCAACUGAAGGUAAAUCAACGAGUUCACACCGGAGAGAAGCUGUUCACCUGUUCUGUGUGUGGGAAAGGAUUCACUCAAUCGUCCAAUCUACGGAGACGCCAAUCAAUUCACACUGAGAAGCGUCCGUUCACCUGCACAAUCUGUGGAAUGCGAUUCAUUCAGUCAUCUGACCUACUGGCACACCAGUCAGUUCACACUGGGGAGAAGCCAUUCAUCUGUUCAGACUGUGGGAAAGGAUUUCCAUGAUCAUUUCAGUUGAAGGUACAUCAGCAAGUGCACACAAGGGAGAGGCCAUUCACCUGCCCAGACUGUGGGAAAGGAUUCACUCAGUCAUCUGAACUGAAAGUACA